AUGUCCAAAGAAAUAAAUUGUCACUCGAAUGUUUGUUGCACAGCGAUUAUUAUUAACUUUUUAAUUUUGAAUAUUGUUCCAGCUGUUGAGCUUAGUAAUUUUGAAAUUUGUUACAAUCAUAAUAGCUUUUGUUUGAAAAUUCACCAAAUUAACUCUUCUGAGAUGAAGAAAAUAUUUUCAACUUCUAAUAAUGUUUGUCCGGCCGGUAAGAAACUGUUGGAGAUACGUCGGGAGGAGGAACAGACUGCUUUGGAUAAUUUUCUGAUGUUGUCGAGUGGGAAAAAUUACGUGAAACCAGACGUGAAAAUCCCUCUUUACCUUUCCGUAACAUUUCUUUCUGACUGGCGAUCUGCCUUUACUGACUUAUUGGAAAAAGAAGUACAGACAGUUUUGAAAAGCCUGAACCCUGUAGAUAAUUAUGUCUACAUUAAUAUUUUAAGAAGUAAAAGCUUGAACGAUCCAUCUUCGAGUUACAGUUACACUCUGCAGUCAGACGGGAUGGGCAGUAGAAAGUUAUUUUUCGUCUGUCACUUGCCAACUAGACAGCAUAAAGUUCUAAACGUAAAUUUUCAAACACAACAGCCGAAUGUGAAUCAGUACAUAGUCACCACAAAACUUGACCGCUUCGAGGCAGCCAACUACUGCUUCAAACACUUCAACGCUUCUUUGUUGGCGUUCGAUAUGAAAGUUUUUUGUAAGGUGGUGAUGGAAUUUUUGUUCCUACAGCCAGCAUCACCACCUUCGGUUGAUCAAAACAAACCUCCUCUUCUGCCCUCACCAUCUUGGUGGCUUCUCAAUUCGAAGUUUCAGCUUCUUUGGUCCGGCCAACGCAAUGCAGUAUUCACGAAUUGGGCACCGAACGAACCGAAGCCCGCGUCGAAAUAUGCCUACAUUCAAAAAUCACCCAACGAAAAGUUGUUUAGGUGGCACACAACUGAAAACUUGCAAUGUCUUGGUUCGCCAUCUGACAUUCAAAACAAUAUAAAUAAUAAUAAUUAUAAUAAUAUCAAUAAUAAUAAUAACAAUAACAAUAAUAUAAUUUAUAAUAAAAGUGACGGAUAUAAUAAUAAUGAUGAUGAUGAUGAUGACGAUGGCAAGAUAAGCAAUCUAGGAGACAAGGAACAUAGCGACAAGGAUCAUGAUUGUAAUAGGCCUAAUGGAGGCAAAGAUGGCGAUAACGAUGAGAUGACAAUCAUUUGCAUGAGUGAUACAGAGAUUGAAGGAUCGUUUAGUUUCAUAAUCUCGGUAGUGAGUGUAGUUAUUGCCAUCUUCCUGACCGCCAUCAUUAUCCUCGCUUUUUGGAAGUGCUGCUCAAAGAUUAGGCUUAAGCAGACCAAAACCAGUGGGUCAGAAAACAGUUAUCGAACACAAACCGGCACCAUGUUCCCAGUUAGUCGCGAUGAUCAACCCAACAAAUCCUUCCCCGACUCAAACGCCGAACCAAACAAAGUGGCAAAAUGUUUCUACCUACCUACCUACGAAACACCACUAUCAGUUAUAAGAGUAGAGAACGUUUAUGAAAGUUUGGGCGAUCCACAACAGCCUACUUAUCUCGAACUCUACGAUGAUUGA